GGCAAUUGCUACACUUGGGACCUAUGAUAUUGCACUAGAGCUGGGCAAGAAGGUGGUAUGCCAGAGGCAUUGUCGUACAUGCAAUGGAUGGCAGGCAUUGCGGUGUACUAUGUGCCGAGGAUCAGGGCAAGUGCAGUACCAAGUAAAAGAUUACACCUUGAGAAGUGGAGAGAAGGCAACUGCUGAACGUGUUGCGGAUGCCAUUGUUGAUAAUCGGGCUGAGUUGGUGCACCUUCCAUCUACAAUUGAUCUUAACUCACCAUUGCCAUCGAAAGAUUGCCCGACUUGUGAUGGAACAGGUGUCAUGGGCUGUCCUGAAUGCAAACACAAAUUACAAGUCACUAUCUCUGCAGAUGAUAUCAUGGAGCCUCCGUGGAAAGCCUACAAUGUCUUGAGAAAGAUGGAUUAUCCAUAUGAGCAUAUUGUUCACAGCAUGAAGGACCCCAGUAUUGCGGCAUUUUGGCUUAUGACCUUGCCUCAGGUUGUGGGCGGAUUUGACUAUGAUGAUGAUAUCAAGCAGAAAAUUUGGUGGCAAUACAAGGUUCCAGAUUCAUUUUGUUUCCUCACCCUAGUGCAUGAAGCAGUACUUGUACAACAAAUUGUGAGUGACAUUUAUGAAAAACUGAAUUAUCUGUCGCUCGUUAAAGAAAAGGAACUGGUUGGUAUAAAAAAACAUAUCGAGAAAAUUGAAUCUUUGUUAUCCAUGGGAUCCAAAGACGUUUUCACGGUGGGAAUUUGGGGCCUCGUCAGUGUAGGAAAGUCUACUGUUGCUAGUGUUGUGUACCGCAGAAUCUAUGAGCAAUUUGACAGGUAUUGCUUUAUCGAUAAUGUUAAGGAACAAGCUGAGAGAAGUGAUGGACUAAGUACCCUAAAGCAAGAAAUUCUUUCAGCAAUAACACUUGAAGAUAAAAACGAUGACCGCUCUGAUGCAAAACAAAAAUCCGCAGGCAGCAAAAAGGUUCUCAUGGUUUUCGAUAAUGUGACACAAGGUAGUCGAAUCAUUAUAAUAACGAGAGAUGAACAAGUGUUGAAAGAAUGUAGAGUGGAUAAAACGCACAAGGUUGAGGGAUUAUUGCAUGCCGAAGCUCUUAUACUUUUUAAUUCGUAUGCCUUUAAAGAUCAUGAUCCAGGGGAACGUUCUUUGGAGUUGUCAAACAAGGUAAUAAUAUAUGCUAGAGGCGCUCCAUUUCUUAUCAAAAUUUUGGGGUCCUUUCUAUAUGGCAAGAGACCUCAAGAUUGGGAAAGUACACUGAAUAUGCUGGAGAGAAAUGGUGGUGUGAAUUUCUUAGAAGUGCUAAAAAUUUGUUAUAAUGGAUUAAGUGAUGAAGCGAAGAAAAUAUUUGAAGAUAUUGCAUCGUUUUUUAAUGGAAUGGACAUAGAUCGCAUAAAAAGUACUCUGGAGGCCAAGAAUAAUUUCUCAAUGGAGAUGGGGCUCAAUGUUCUCCUUAGUAAACAUUUUAUAUCUAUAGCAAACAACAAAGUUAAAGUGCAUGACUUAUUACAAAAAAUGGGUCGAGAAAUUGUUUGGAGCGAAUCAUGUCAACGCAGCCUUUUGUCGAUGCAGCCGUUUGUGGCAUCGUGA